ACUAGAUCUAGUAAUAAAUGUUGAUACAGUGUAGUUGUGGUCAGUAUAGAAUUAUGAAAUUUUUGAUAAUACUGUUUGCUAUUCUAGCAAUCGCUAGAGCUCAAUAUUACAGACCAGCAAUAGGGGGGGCUGCGAUAAGAAUUAUAAGUCAAACGCAAGAAGGACCAAACGCUGACGGAUCUUAUAAAUGGAGUUACGAUACGGAAAACGGCAUUUCUGCAGAAGAACAAGGUAUCUUGAAGAAUAGAGGUUCUCAAGCAGAAGCAACUGAAGCUAAAGGAGGAUUCAGAUAUACCGCACCAGAUAACAGCGUCAUCUCUUUAACAUACGUUGCCGAUGAAAACGGUUUCCGCGCAUUUGGACCACAUCUUCCCACUCCUCCUCCAAUUCCACCUGCAAUUCAAAGGGCUUUAGAUUUAAUUAGAACGAAUCCUGAUCCUAGAUAUCAACCUGGGGCAAGAUACGAUUCUAGAUAUGACGAUCGUAGAUAUCAAUAACAAGAAAGAUGGCACUUUAGGUAACGGAAAUUAGAAUAUGUGAUAUAAUACGAUUGGAAAUUUUGUUGAGAAAAACUAUUUAUUUAAACGGCCUUACUAACAUAACCAAUGUAGUUGUUUUAUUAUACAAAAUGUUCUAAUUUUGUAUCAACAUAAAAAACUAAUUUAUAUAAAUACAUCAGCAAUUUGAAA